UGAAAGAUAAACUUCACCCCAAUCUCAAAUACCUCCCUUUGGUUAUUUGUGGAUAUUUUUUCAUUCCCUCGUUAUCCUGCUUGCUUCAUCAUGGACUUGGCUCCAAUUCCCAAAUCUUUCCUAUUUAACCCAACAAAAUCAACUAAGAAUUACCACCACAUCGCGUCAACAUCUUUAAAUCCUUUCCUCAAACCCCAAACACCCAAAACCCUAAUUUCAUCAUCUCAACAAACCAAACCCAAAACCCUCGUGGAUUCUGCAGAAAAUGAGAAGAAAAUCAUCGAAAAACCCACCAUGUCUGAUAUUUUGAAAUCCUCGAAAGCACAAAACCUUGAACUCCAGCUGCAAACAGUAGGACCCUUCUUCAGAAUCACGGCAAAGAGCUUUGAAACGAACAAGGUUCUGGGAAAAGCGGAGGGGGUGAUACGAGUAUGGUGGAAGAAAGGGAAGAUUCUUCAUUUGGAUUCAAUUAAAUUGACCCGAGAAACAUUGGGUAUGGAUAGAUCCAUAUUUGGAAUCGGGUUGUUUAUUGGAGCAGUUAUGAUCCGACAUGGAUAUGAUUGUGGGUGUAAAACAGCCGAGUUGCUUGCCAUUAAUGACUCCGAUCUUUACCAUGCCAAGCUUGUGAAGUUUUAUAGAAGAAUAGGCUUCGAAGCAGUGCAUGAGGUGACAGGGUCGUCAUUGGGAGACCUCAGGCACAUGUUGGUGUGGGGUGGCGUUGGCACACGUAUGGAUGCCGAUGUUGAACGUCUACUCAUCAAGUGGUGUACACGAUUUAUUGUUACUAGAGGUUCAGACUCGUAAUUGCUCGUAUAGUUUUAUUAUUCGUAUGCAAGCACAACAAUUAUCUCAACCAUUUUAUUAUAUGCAUCAUUUCUGAUGUCAAUGCCGUAAAUGUUAGGAAAAAUUGAACAGCAUACAACACAUACAAUUUAAGUUAUGAGCCUGAGA